GGGAACUCCAAUCCUCCUUUAUCCUCUCAGCCACUUGUCUAUUUGAGGAGCGCACAGCACAACUGAGAACAUCAAGAAUGCAUCAGUUCUGUUUUCUGGUCUGUCUCAAAAAGAAAACAGUUUGAAGAAUGAAGAAUAUCAGGACCAAAACAACAACUUAAAGCAUGCCUGGGUCUUGACAGAACAGAAAGAAUUUCAUGGAUUACCUGCUUUUUUGAAAGGAUAAAGUACAGAAGUAUUAAGAGGAAGGUUGUAUCGGAGAGGAUGGAGAGCACAAGCUACAUUUCUUAACAAGGUAUUUUAUAUACACACCAGAGACUACAUUUGGCUAAUUCGAUUGCUGCACAAUCAACAUAAAUAUCAAAUCUGUCAAUUAAAAUGGGUUGCUCACCGUCUAAAGGUCAGCUUUUCACUGGAGUCUCUACCCACAAAGCUCUGCAAGAAAAUAACGGUUUUGUCUCUGAUGGAACAGAAAAUCAGAGCAAAACAGAGACAGAGAUUGUUUCAGCAGGACUUACAAUAUUAGAAGAAGAAAACACACUUGAACCACAAUGUAAGCGACCUUCUCUUUCUGAUGUAGUAUGUGAUACAGCUGCAAUCAACAGGGAAGCUCUUGAUGCAGAGGGAACUGUGGAUUCACAAGUGGGAUUAUUGUCAGAAGACAAUGCAGAGAAAAAGAAUGAAAUAAAGAAGAAAAACAAAGGAGCCAAAAGGAGAAAGCAAAAAGAAAGGAUGAGAAAAACUGUACAAAUUCAGUCAAAAGUAGAUUUCCCAGAAAAAAUGAUGAUUGCUCAUCAAGCAGCCUAUGCUUUUAUUGACCCCAAUAUUUCUAAAUAUGAGUCCCUUUUAGGAAUUUUGGACCAAGCAACAAAGACUCAACUGUCUUUACAGCCUCUUGCGGCCUUGCUAGCAGUGCAUUAUGAGGAGCUAAACCAGGCCUUGGAAGAGAUGGCAGUGGAGGGAGAGCAGAUGUUGGAAGAGCAUGGAAACCACAUGGUUUGGCCUGCUGCACUUCGUGAAGUUCGGUUUAACACAACCAAGCUAGAUGCUGAGAUGUAUUCUCACAAACCUCCUCCUUAUACAAUGCACCAGAUGCUUCUACUCUCCACUGAAAAAAUAAAACUAGUCGGGGACUCUGUGAAAGGGCUGGGAGACGCAGCCUUGGAAGAAGCGGCAGACUACUUUGCCUCACUCUCUCGAAUGCUGGGAGAAAAGCUGGUAAUGAAGAGAGCAGCAGAGAAACGUUUGAAACAAGUGCUGGAUUAUGUGGAGGCUGCUGCCCUAAAGAAACCUGGUCUGGAAGACUCUGCCUUGCACAGUGAGGACAGUGGCAUUGGUGCAGACAAUGAGUGCCAGAAUGGUUCUGUGCGACUUUGUCGACACCGAGAGAGUUCUGGAUCAGGGGCCAGCACUGAUUUAUCAUCUGGAUGCCCUGAGAACACCUUACCUUCUCAGCCACACCUUAAUGGAGUUAAUGACGGCAGAAAUGAUGAUGAAGACGAUGAAGAAGAUGAUGAUGAUGAUGAAGAAGAUUCCAACGAGGAUGAAGAAGAAGUAAAAGAUGAGCAGGAAAGGAAAACUGCUGCUAGAGCGAGAAAAAUGUCUAAUUGCUCUCAAGCAGGCCCACGUAAGCAUUCAGACCAAACUGGUUUGCAGAAUAGCAUGAAAUGGGCUAAUCAGAAAAACACAAAAAUCAGAAGAUCAAAAACUGCAGACAAUUCCUCAGUAAAAAGUCAGGGGAACUACAGGAAUUUUCAUUUAAGGGGCCUACGUAGAGCACAAUCUGCUGAUUGUCUGUACAGCAAAGAAGAUGAUAAUAUAGUUAAAGGGCAGGAGAAGAGGGAUAAUCAGAAAGAUAAAAGCACUGGAAAUGCUUUGAAUGGAGGUGUGGUCCUUGAUUGCCUUGGCAGGACAAGGUUGCGAAGACAUUCAUCAGAAGGCCAGAAUACAGCACGAUGCUAUGGCCUACAGUACGGGAGCAAAGGACCAUUCAAGGCUACCCUGCAACCGAACUCUCCUCCUGCUUUUGCACCUGCACCACCUGGCAGAAAUGCAGUCAAAAGACUUAUAAAUACUUUUAGCCAAGGAGUGCAAGAACAAUCCAAUCAAAAGCCACUUAAUGGGCCCAUGAAAGUUAGAGGAACCAAGAAGGGUUUCCUGCCCAUGAUAAACAACAGCAAGGGAGGUGUUUCCUCCAAUGGAAACAACAAUAACAACAGUUAUUCAGCUGACCAGAGACCUGAUGAUGUAGAUGUGGACAGCCUCCCUCCCCCUCCCCCUGAGGUACUAAUGGACAACUCUUUUGAGAGCAAUGAAGGACCAUGCGAAGAUGAGGAGAGCAAUGGAUCUCUAAAUCAGAGAUGUUCCACACAGAGACAGAGAUAUGGUGUCUCUCGUCUGCGAGCAUCAAUGCAGACGGUUACUGUGCUCCCCAGCCGAGCCAGCGUUCCACGGCGUGCUCAUAGCAUCUCACCUGCUCGUCCUCUCAGGCAGGAUGCUGUGUCUGGAAGCCGCCAAGGCCAGGACUGUCACCAGGAAUCCGGAGUCAGUGCACAGAAAGAGGAGGCAACCAGCCUUUAUCAGCAGUCUCGAAAGAUAAUUCAUAUGCGUCACUCAUCUCAUUCUCCAGCCAAGACUGGCUUCAUCAGAUCAGGGUCUGUAGGAAGACAGGGGAGCAGGGACACAGGAGAAAACGAUACCUUGGCCCCUUACCCAAACAGCUAUGCACCAACUACUCCACCUGUCUCCAGAGCUCGGCUUCCACCAUCUUGCCCCUCUGUGUGCCACAGAGUCCCAAGCCCUCCUGUUUUACCCUCUGCCACAUCCUCAACUCCCGGCACCCAAAUAUGGACCAGAAGAUGUAGUGAUGAAGAAAAUGUCACCAGUUCAUUUUCAUUUAAUGAUGCUCGCUCUGUAUUCUGUCAAGACACCCAGUCAGGUUCCCAGUCACUGACCCCUUCCUGUAGGUCCACACUACCGAGGCCUUGGGGAGAACCAUCCAGAGGAAGGCGGCAGACUACCCGCCCCCCUCAGACCUACACGAAAAGCAGCAGCCCUUCACCUGUCAGGUCUACUCUCUCUGAACAACAUCAGCCAUUGCCCAUUGCCACCCAACCCCACAGCCAGGAGAGCGAGAGGAGAGACUCUGCCUCGGUACUUGAAGUGGCCCAGGAGAACCCAGAGAGCUGUGGUGUGACAGACCCCUUACAGGAUGUGACAGGGGCACAGGAGGCCGAGCCAAGGGAGAUUACAGAUAAUCAGGAUUAAUGCCUUUUCUCUUUUUCUCUUAUCUCUCUUGCCAGGGGAGAGCUAAUUCUGGGCGGUUACUGGGAAGCAUUUUCUAAUGCACCAGGAGACAGCUUAUGUGAGAAGAUCUGUCUCAAAUACUUAUAUUAGACUGUAUUAGACUGGCUGUUACUGUAAUUUGAUUACAUUUGCCUGUUUCUACUGUGUGUAAUUUUUUAUUAUUAUUCCUAGAAACAUAUUUACUGUCCAUUUUAAAAAUAAAAUUGCUUCAUUUGAUAUUGACAUUCAACAAUUAUCAUAAAGCAUUUAAAAAUAUACUUAAAUUCUUUGUAUAGCACUUAGACGAGGAGCCUGAGCAGAGCAGACAGAUCAAUUAAUCAGUAGUCUGGGUACUGAUAUGUCCAUGUUUCAGAAUAUUAAUAGUCAGCUAGUGUAGAUUGUUUCAGUAGCCAGUUUUGGUGUUUAAUAAAUGUCUUUCAUUCCUGUAAACUAAAUAACAUCAUGUAGUUAAAAUGUCUUUUAGCUUUGUGUAAUGCUCUUAAGCUACAGUGUAAGCUUAAGCUACCGAAAUGUGAGCCAUGAAGCUCUACACUGAGUUUUGUAUUACUAUACAUUGUCUUACAUUAUAUUACCUUAUAUUAACAUAUGAAAGUUUGGAAUUACUGUUUUAAUAAGUAUUUAAUGUAAUUUG